AUGGCUCCCUCCGUCUCCGAAAUCGUUCACCACGAAUCGCCCGUCCCAACUAACAACCCCAAGAAAUGGCACCGCGUCGACCUAAGCAACAAAUACCCUCCCAACUCCAACCUCGAGGAACGUCUCGAGCAACACCAGCCUUUCGAACACGUCGACCCAGGCUCCCGGGCUGACCCCACCCUCCCCCGUCUCUUGAGCCCUAACACAAAGGUCAAACACCUCUCCCCCUACAUCGGCACCGAACUCUCCGGCAUCCAACUCUCCCAGCUCACCAAAGAAGGCUUGGAUGAGCUCGGAUUAUUCGUUGCCCAGCGUAAACUCGUGAUCUUCCGAGAGCAAGACUUUCAGGAUCUUCCUCCCGAGAAGCAAGUCGCUAUCGCUGCUAACGGAGUAUCGUUGACGCUCGAGGGAUUUACCCAAAGCCACUUCGGCGUCCCCCACUUGCACGCUACACUCCCCAACAUCGAGGGUCACCCAGCCUACGUCAACCUCCUCCGCCAACCAGGCAAACGCAACAUCAACGACUACUUCAUCGACACCUUCCUCUCGUACGCAUUCUGGCACUCCGACGUCUCCUACGAACCCCAACCACCCUCUACAACCUUCUUCUGGCCCCUCGACCAACCCACCGUCGGCGGCGACACACUCUUCCUCUCCACGACCGAAGCGUACAACCGCUUGUCGCCCGAAUUCCAGAAGAGGUUGGUAGGACUGAAAGCGCUGCAUUCAGGUGUGGCUCAGGUUGAAGAGUCGAGGAGGAGUGGAGGGGCGGUGAGGAAGGAACCGGUGGAAGCUGUUCAUCCUGUUAUACGAGUCCACCCUGUCACGGGUGAGAAGAGCAUCUUUGUGAACCCGGCAUUUACCAGACAUAUUGUGGGGUUGAAGAAGGAAGAGUCGGAUGCGCUGUUGAAGUUCUUGUAUGAUCAUAUUGCGAAGGGUGCGGAUUUCCAAGUCAGGGCGAGGCAUGAGCCCGGGAGCGUGAUCAUCUGGGAUAACCGAGUCACGAACCAUUCGGCUGUUCCUGACUAUGGCAAGGAUGUUCGAAGGCACAACUUGAGGCUGACCCCUCUUGGCGAAGUUCCUAUUCCUGCUCAGUAA